CUGAGCACCGCGGCGGCGCAGGAGAGACCGCAGCCGCCGCAGCAGCUCGUGCCAGGCUCCCCCCCGCGCCCCGCGCGCAGUGCAUGGAGACGCAACCCUUCGCCCCUCGCUGAGCCCUCUGCGGCCGGGACUCCCUUGGUGCGGUGGCCUCGGGUUCCAGCCCGCCCGAGGGCCUGCUUGGCCGCCGAUCGCCGCGCGGUUCGGCCUGUCCCGGGCCAGGAAGUGGCCGCGCGGAGUGCCAUGGCCCACUCCCCGGUGCAGUCGGGCCUGCCCGGCAUGCAGAACCUGAAAGCAGACCCAGAAGAGCUUUUUACCAAGCUAGAGAGAAUUGGGAAGGGGUCUUUUGGCGAGGUGUUCAAAGGCAUUGACAAUCGGACUCAGAAAGUGGUUGCCAUAAAAAUCAUUGAUCUGGAAGAAGCUGAAGAUGAGAUAGAGGACAUUCAACAAGAAAUCACAGUGCUGAGUCAGUGUGACAGUCCAUACGUAACCAAAUAUUAUGGAUCCUAUCUGAAGGAUACUAAAUUGUGGAUAAUAAUGGAAUAUCUUGGUGGAGGCUCUGCCCUGGAUCUAUUAGAGCCUGGCCCCUUAGACGAAACUCAGAUCGCUACCAUAUUAAGAGAAAUCCUGAAAGGCCUUGAUUAUCUCCAUUCAGAGAAGAAAAUCCACAGAGAUAUCAAAGCGGCCAAUGUUCUACUCUCUGAACAUGGGGAGGUGAAGCUGGCUGACUUUGGAGUAGCAGGCCAGCUGACGGAUACCCAGAUAAAAAGGAACACUUUUGUGGGCACCCCCUUCUGGAUGGCACCUGAGGUCAUUAAGCAGUCAGCCUACGACUCAAAGGCAGACAUCUGGUCCCUCGGCAUAACAGCUAUAGAACUGGCCAAAGGAGAACCCCCUCAUUCUGAGCUGCACCCCAUGAAGGUUUUAUUCCUCAUUCCAAAGAACAACCCCCCUACGCUGGAAGGAAACUACAGCAAACCCCUCAAGGAGUUUGUGGAGGCCUGUCUGAAUAAGGAGCCAAGCUUUAGACCCACUGCCAAGGAAUUAUUGAAGCAUAAGUUUAUAAUCCGCAAUGCGAAGAAAACAUCCUACCUGACUGAGCUCAUCGACAGGUACAAGAGGUGGAAGGCUGAACAGAGCCACGAUGACUCCAGCUCAGAGGACUCAGAUGUGGAAACAGAUGGCCAGGCGUCUGGAGGCAGCGACUCUGGGGACUGGAUCUUCACAAUCCGGGAGAAGGAUCCCAAGAAUCUGGAGAAUGGAACUCUUCAGCUGUCAGAUUUGGAAAGAAAUAAGAUGAGAGACAUCCCAAAGAGGCCUUUUUCUCAGUGUUUAUCGACAAUUAUUUCUCCCCUGUUUGCAGAGCUGAAGGAGAAGAGCCAGGCAUGUGGCGGGAACCUGGGGUCCAUAGAAGAGCUUCGGGGAGCCAUCUACUUGGCAGAAGAGGCCUGCCCAGGGAUCUCAGAUACCAUGGUGGCCCAGCUCGUGCAGCGGCUUCAGAGAUAUUCUCUGAGUGGUGGAGGAACUUCAGCUCAUUGAAAUUCCUUUGGCAUUUGGGGUUUUGUUUUUCCUUUCUUCAUCUUCCUUCUUUUUAAAAGUCAAUGAGAGCCUUUGCCGACUCUGGAAGAGGCACCACCCAGGGGUCAUUCCCCCAGAGCCGCCAGCACCUGUCCAGGGACACACAGUCCUCACUGUGCCACAGCCAGAUGAAGUCCUUCAGAUGGGGUGGGGAGGGUCUGCUCCUUCAAGCAAUUAUUUUAUUUUUUUAUUAUUUUUAAUUUUAACCAUAGUGCACAUACUCAAGGAAAGUAUCUUUAAACACAAAAACCCUGAAAUGUAUAUUUGGGAUUGUGAUAAGGCAACUGAAGACAUGAAACCUCAGGUAUCCUGCUUUACACUGACAGCUCCCCCUGGGAGAUGGAGAAUCGCUCUGGUGGAUCGGUGUACAGAUUUGUAUAUAGCAUCCUUUUUACAGAAACCCUUUUGGCGUGCAUAAGGAAUCACUGUGUACAAAUUGGCCAAGUGCUUCUGUAGAUAAUGUCUGUGGAGUAAAUAUUUGACAGGCCAUAACUUGAGUCUAUUGCCUUGCCUUUAUUACAUGUAAAUUUUGAAUUGCGUGACCAGUGAUUUGGAUCUUAUUUUGUAUUUGCAGGGUCUGCCAUUAAUAAUAAUUAAUGCCCCUCUUAUGGAACACUCCUAUUUGUACCUCAACAAAUGCAAAUUUUCCUCUUAUUUUCCCUAUACCCCUUUUUGGUACACUUAGAGUUGAUUUCCUUUUUCAUCGAUGGUACUAUUUCUUAGUGUUUUAAAUUGGAACAUAUCUUGUCUCAUGAAGCUUUAAAUUAUUUUAAGUUUUCUCCCAGAUGAAGCGCUCUCAUCUAACCUUCGUUGAAUCAUGCCACUGCUGGUCUGCACCCAAUGUACCAUCUUUCCCAGCCCUUGCCCAUUGCACCUUGAAGUGGAAUCUGCAUAUCAUCUUUCCCAUUUGAAAGUGUCUGAAUGCUUACAUGAAUAAAUUUUAUAACUCACUAAUUUUGAUUACUGUUCUUGAAACAUGGCUCUACAGAGCAGAUGGGGCACCUGCUCUGUGUGAGUGUGUGGUUGAGUGUGUGGCCAUGUGUAUGGUGAGACAUUUUGAAGGACUCCAGGGAAAAGUGCCCAGAUUGUUAAAGAGCUGAAUGUCCAGGUCAGCUCCCUAUGCAAAUUUGUGUGGUUGGUUGGUUGAGAAGAUGCAGCUGGAUACCGCUAUUUGUGAAAACUGCUGAACCUCUUGCUGAGGACUUUAAUGGGAGGUUUUAGUUUUCUCUAAGGAGCCAAGUCUGCUGGUGCUGUCAGCCAGGGUGUCAGUUUUUCUUUGUUUACUGCAAGGCAUUGCUUGAUAGGGUGGGACUUCUUGGGGUUUUUAACAGCAUUUCUUGUCUUUAUGCAGAUACGUAUAGUGUUUGUUGAUACUAAUUAUUGUCUUGUUGGAGUGGUAGAUCUUGAGGAGAAAGAUGAGUUUUUUGAUGCAAGAACAUUAUGGGGUGAACUUGGGCUCAGCUGUCUGCUGGUAUGUUACAGCUGUAUGCUGGAUGUUACAGGGAGCUCAGGUCCAAGUUAGUGUUGGGAAUGAGGCUUGUUAAAAUUUGUUAAAUGAAGUCUAGUUUUUAGGUCUAUUGAAUUGUUCUGUUUUAUCAGAAGUAGAUUUGAGUUGGACUAAUAAUUUCAACAGUGGAUACAUUUGGGUUCAAGGAAAUAGAAUGCAGCUGUUUGUUAUUUUAUAGUUAAGACUGUUACCUUGUAUGCUAGGUUUGGGAAUGUCAUGUUUCGAGAGUAUUUUGUUGGAGUGUACUAUGUUUUCCUGUCUGAAGCUUGAGGCAUAAACCAAAGGUCAGUUCCGUUGCAGGAGAAAGUCACUCAGAACAAUGUUCUCCUGGAUGUACUGUGUAUUUGAUCUGAAGAGCAACCCUGCAAACAGCAGGCUUUUCUGAUGGCUAGAGCUCUUCAGAUUUACAGAUGGACAGCAUCUUGACUUUUGAUGUUGAAGCCAGUCUUCUUCUAUUUGUGGUGUUUGGAAUUGAACCCAUGACUUUGUGCAUGUUAGUAAGUACUUUACUGCUGUGCUACACCUACCUGUGAAUCUGACCUUAAAUAUUAGCAAUUGUUAUUAAGGUGUGAGGUGGAGGGGUCCUUAUUAAGCAUGUAGGUGUGACUGUUGGUGGAUUUUUUUGUAGUCACUACACUACAAUGCACAAUUCCUAUCUCCUGGUAAAAGCAACAAAUGAUUCUUCGAGAGUUUAUUGGAAGCUUCCUGGGGGAAGUGGGGCUUGACAGUUUAAAUGUGGAUUACCUCAGUGUAGAGUCUCUUCUGGGAUGUUAGUUUCUAUAGAUACAAAAGCAGCUGAACUGUUUCUAAGGGCGUAUUGUUUAGCCAGGCAAGCAGGCAUUUGUGCGUCCAUUUGUAGCCCCUUAUUAAAAGCAGGGCCCAGUCCCAGAGUCACAACUGGCACCUGCCUCCAGGUGCAGGCUGCUGUGACUCUGGCAAGACUGAUAAGUGGAACAUUUGAGAACGUUUGCUGUCACUCUGAAGCCCUGCAGUGCCAAACUCGAGCGGUUCACAGCUCAUGGGCUCAGAGCCUGUGGACAUACUCAUGCAGCCAGUGGGGACAGUAUGGCACAGCAUGGUGCUGUGUGGCUGACCGCUUGGCUCUGGUUAAUGCCUUUUUGGUGUUAUGACAGGUUGCCACUGGCUAGCCUGGGACUCAGGAUCCUCCUGCUGGGAUUACAGGUGUGCACCACCAUGUCCAGCUCAUUUAUGGCUUUUUCAGGUUGUUGAUCUGUCCCAGGGGUUAUACCUGGUGAAAUGAAUCCACCAGUGUGAUUUAAGAGGUUUUGGCUACCUAGCAACUGGGCUCCUCUCUUGAUGGAACCUAGUACUACCUGCUUUCCAAAGUCAAGUUUUAUUCUUGAGUUGCUCUUGUUAUGUGUCUGGUUGGUUCUUUGUGGCAUUUUGUACCUUCCUUUGGUAAAACCUGUGAUCAGUUUAUAUGCAUUUUUAUAGUUUUUAAAACAUGGUUUCUGUGUUUCUGCUACAAAAUAAUGAAGGUGGAGGGCAUUCUAGAGCACUCAUACUGUCAUACAAGGGUCAAUAAAGCUCUCAAAAUAA